AUGAUUGUAUCGCCUUUUAAAGACAUAGAAAUACCAAAGACAAGCAUCUUUGACUUUAUUUUACCGGAACAUCAGCAAUCCAAUGACAAGACUGUUUUCAUUGACUCAACCAACGAUAAUUCUCUUACAAUUUCCCAACUUCGUAAAUACUCCUUACAGCUAGCGUAUGGGCUGCGAAAACACCAAAACGUAGGCAAGGGCGAUAGAGUACUCAUCCUUACACCAAACUCGCUCGUCUAUCCUAUCCUCUUCAUGGGCACACAAGCUGCGGGAGCAUGUGUGUCACUUGCCAACCCUGCAUACAACUACUUGGAACUAUCCCACCAGAUCAAAGAUAGCGAGGUCUCGUUCAUUUUCGCACAUCCAGACAACAUCGAUCUGACCAACAAGAUACUGAAGGAGAUAGGGUGGUCAGAAAGCAAGAUACGUGAGAGGGUAGUAUCAGCGACCGAGAAAAGCUUCAGGAACCACGUAUCAUACGCUCAUCUCCUCUGUCAGGAAAGGCAAAGGGGCAUACCUGAAAAUUUUGACGGCGAAAGUGCACACGAUGUCGCUAUCACUUGCUAUAGCAGCGGAACGACAGGUGUAAGCAAGGGUGUUAUGACAACGCAUUAUAACAUGGUUUCGAAUAUUUGCCAGUCAAACAACACUCACUCUUCAGCUUCACAACUCACAGAUGUCGUCCUUUCUUUUCUGCCCUUAUACCACAUUUUUGGACUAGGAAGCACUCUAUACACCCUUUCACAGCAACAAGUACCACAAGUGCUGCUUUUCCGCUACUCUCUUGACGAAUUUGCUGCUGCAAUUGAAAAAUAUCGUGUCACAGUAUCGGCAGUAAUACCUCCGAUUCUCAACAAUAUUCUCAAAAGCGAUAUUGAAAAAAAGUAUGAUCUUAGUUCACUGAGACAAUUGGGUAUCGGCGCAACUCCAUUGGGAGAAGAUCUCGUACACAGCGUCAGUGAAAAGCUGGGAGGUCUCACGGAAACGAGCCCUUUGGAAUGCAAAUUACCUUUAGAGUAUACCAAAACCCACCCCUCGUACGUCGGAAGGUUGGUGUGCAACACUACAGCGCGCCUUGUCGACGAGAAUGGCCAGGAUGUUCCAGGCGACAACAAAUCGAGUGGAGAACUCUGGGUUAAAGGUCCGCAAGUCAUGAAAGGUUAUCUCAACAGACCAGAUGCCACAGCCGAGAGUAUGACGUCAGAUGGAUUCUUCAAGACUGGCGAUAUAGCAAUAUAUGAUAGCAAAACACGCCUAUUCAAGGUGGUAGAUAGAAUGAAGGAACUUAUCAAGUACAAAGGGUUCCAAGUUACACCAGCACCUCUUGAAGCAUUGAUCAUGUCGAAUACUGAAGUAAUGGAUGCGGCUGUGAUUGGUGUGUAUGACGAUAAGCAGGCAACGGAACUGCCUAGAGCCUAUGUCGUGCCUCAGCACGCGUCUAACUUCAACAAUGAAGCUUGGUGUGCGGAGAUAGGAGCUUGGAUAGCAGGAAAAGUCGCCAAUCAUUCAAAGCUGCGUGGUGGUGUGCGCACAAUUGAUUCUAUUCCCAAAACACCGGCUGGCAAAAUACUAAGGAGACAUUUACGUACUAUGGCAGCACAGGAAAAUGGUGCGCUUGCUAAACUUUAA